AUGAAUGCAGGAAAGGAGAAUAGCCUCAACUUUGUCUCAACGAAGACGGAAAACAAGUCCAAGAAGCUAAGCGAAAAGUGCGGAAAAGCGGGUCAUUUGAGAAAGGAAUGUAAGCAAGGGAGCAAUCGUAGUGAGAAUGAUCAGGGUAAAAAAGGGGCACGACAUAAUUUUGUAGAAGAAGUUGAUAAUUUGUCCGAAGAUUUCGAAAGGUUAUGUAAUAUUAAGUCGGUGCAUGCUCUAAAACCGGAGAAGCCGCUAGAGGUUAUGUUGACUGUUCAAAACACCCCAAUGUCGUUUGAGAUUGAUACGGGUUCUCCGAUAUCGGCGGUUUCUUACGAAAAUUAUGUGGCUUCGAAGGAAUUGAGAGUUUUGCGGACCCAUCCAACUGCAAGAGUUCUUAGAGCCUACCCGGGAGAUAAAAUAAUUCCAAAGGGAAUCAUUAAUGUAAAUGUGGUGGUUGAAAAUGCGAUUUUUGAUGAGUUUAAAGAUGUCUUUUCUGAUACACUCGGUUGUUAUAAUAAGCGUAAAUUUAGCUUGCAACUUAAAGAAGGAACAAUGCCAGUGUUCAAAAAGCCGAGACCUAUACCGUAUGCCUUGCGCGACAAAAUUGAGCAGGAAAUUAAUCGUCUGAAAAAGGCAGAAAUUCUAGAGCCUGUUAAAUCGAGUCAGUGGGCAACGCCAUUGGUCCCAGUGCUUAAGGCUAACGGCGACAUUCGCUUGUGUGGUGACUUUAAAGUAACCGUUAACCCGUGUUUGGAAAUUGAUCGACACCCCAUACCUCGCUUAAGUGACUUGAGCACUAAGCUGGCUGGGGGAAAGAUUUUUAGUAAACUUGAUAUGAAUCAAGCAUAUCAACAAGUGUUAGUCGAUAAUGAAUCCAAACAGUUGCUUGUUUUGUCAACACAUAAGGGUCUUUACGCCUGUAACCGGUUAAUGUACAGAGUUGCGUCUGCUCCUGGUCUAUUCCAGCGUGAAAUUGAAACUCUUCUACACGAUAUCAAAGGAGUAGUAUCUUAUUUUAAUGACAUUUUUAUCUCUGGUCCAACCAAAACUGAACAUGAUAAAAGCCUCCGUGAAGUGUUGAAAAGAUUGCAAGAAUGUAAUUUAACGUUAAAGAAAAAUAAAUGUUCUAUUUCAAAAGACAAAAUUACAUUCUUGGAGCUUGAGUUGGACGCAGAAGGUAUUAGAACUAGUAGUGUUAAAACCGAUGAGAUUACAAAAAUGAAAAGGCCAGAGAAAGUGCCUGAAUUAAAAUCUUUUUCAGAAUUAAAUGUCGAAGAUGACUGUGUCAUGUGGGGCCACCGAGUUAUCAUUCCUCUUAAUCUAAGAAAAACAAUGCUUGACGAACUUCACUCAAGCCACGGGGGAAUUGUUAAAAUGAAGGCUCUCGCUCGGUCUUAUAUGUGGUGGCCUAACAUAGACGCUGACAUCGAAAAUUUGAUGAAGUCCUGUAUGUUGUGCGCUCAUAAUGCAAAUAAUCCUAGGCGUUCUGAAUUACAUGUUUACAAGUGGCCAAAAGCUCCGAAUGAGCGGAUUCACAUAGACUUUUGCGGACCAAUCGAAGGUCAUAUGUACUUAGUGAUUACGGAUGCUUUCUCUAAAUGGAUCGACAUCCGAGAAAUGUCUAAUAUCACGACCUCAAACACUAUUCGAAUUUUAAAAGACUAUUUUGCCACUUGGGGCCUACCAUUAAUGAUUGUGUCUGAUAACGGGCCUUCUUUCACUUCAGACGAUUUUAAGUUGUUUUUAGAGCAAAAUCAUAUCGAACAUUUGAAGACAGCACCGUAUCACCACGGAGCAGCGGAGAAUCCAGUUAAAAGUUUUAAAAAUAAAUUUAAAUUAUUGAUCCAAGGAAAGAAUUCGCGACAAGAUGCGUUGGCUAAAUAUCUUAUUUAUUUUAGAUCAACCCCGCAUUGUACAACAGGCGUUAGCCCAGCUGAAUUACAACUGGGUAGGAAAAUAAGAGCGCGCUUGGAUGCAAUUAAACCGUCAAUACAAGAGAAAGUAGAACAGAGCCAAGCAAAGCAAAAAUUUUAUUUUCGGGGGGAUAGAAAGGAAAGCUUCAACGAAAAAGAUACUGUUAUGACUAAAAACUUUAGUACAAACAAGUGGGAACAAGCGGUAGUUAAUCGUAAACUUGGCCCUGUAACUUACUCUUUACAGACAGAAUCCAACAAAGAAGUUAAGCGAAAUUUGGAUCAAAUUCGUCCGGGUCUAAAAGAUAGUCCCUAUAUCUAUGUAGAUGACUUUAGCGAUCAGCUGUUAAAUGAUACUGCUAAAGCACUCGAUGUCAAUCCCGUACCGGAACCUAAGACUGUCGCGAGCGAAACGUCGUUGCCUGUGCUUUCUAAAAAAGACCCUGCGGCGAGCUCAAAUAAGCCGUUGGUCUUACGUCGCUCAUCACGCAUCAAAAAGGCACCGGAAAGACUUGAUUUGUAA